CAGGAUUUUAGUUAGAUUAGCCUAACAUUACUGAACUAAUGUUAUUAACAAGCUAUCUCUUUUUAUAAACAAGUACAAUUCUUAGCACACGUUCAGUAUCGUGUGUGCCUCGAUCCGUGACCACUCGUACGCAUACACAAUAUCUUCAGCCUUCUGUUAACGUAGAAGAAUUUCCAGUUUGGUGGCUUCAAGAACCAGUGCCAAAAUGAUGCCUGCUUACGCCAAAACAGCGUUUAGUGCUUUAGCCGUAUAUUUCACUAUUACCUUGGUGAUGUCACAAGACCUGCCUGUCAACCAACAAUGCCUCGGGUGCAUCUGCGAAGGAAUUUCUGCUUGCAAUACUUCCAGCACCUGUGAUGGUGAUGUAUGUGGUCCAUUCAAAAUCACGUGGGCAUACUGGGCAGACGCUGGCAAACCAACAGUUGGCGGGGAAUCCCCUGAAGCUGCUACGGCUUACGCUCAUUGUGCUUCAGAUACGUACUGCUCUGCUCUUGCUGUGCAAGGAUACAUGUCCAAGUUCCAACAGGAUUGCAACGGAGACGGCAAGAUAGACUGUGACGAUUUCGCCGCAAUCCACAAAUUCGGAGGCUAUGGUUGUAAGGGACAGACUCUUCCGGAACCGUUUUCAAGCCGGUACCACCAGUGCAAACAGAUCGUUGGGCAGCUUAGACCUUAACGAUUUUUACUAGAUACGCUACUACUAUUUAUUUGUUAGUCCUUGUUAUAUACACUAGUAUAUUCUGAACUGCUAAUUCGUAAUAAUAAUAAUUUGUAAUGUGAUGAAAGAUAUUAAAUGCUUAAUGUGAUAUAAAAUGAAAACUAUAAUUAUUCAAGAUGAUACUAAAAAUGUAUUUGUACAUCAACAUUAAAGUGUUAUUCUUAAACUUCUCAGAA